AUGUUACACACCCCCCGUUCUUCCCCCCUCCCCGCGCCGCCUGCCAGUGUGGGAGGUAUCAGGGGGCAGGCAUCAAUCGCCAGGUACACACCUGAGUGCCUCGCAGGGCGCACAGCUGCUUGUGACCUGUCCUCCGCCCACUCCUCUCUCCUCUGGCCCUCCCUCAUCUUGCAUUACACUCCCUCCUUCUUCCCACUUCCCAGCGCUGCCCAUCAGCGUGUGUGGUAUAGCCGCCUGCCAGUGCGUGUGAUAUCGGUGGGUCGGCGGCAUGGCUCGCAGGGCACACAGCUGCUUGUGAAGCACCACGGCCUCUCCCUAUCCCUGCCUCUUCCGCAUCUCCCACAACCCAACACCCCACCACGGUCCCACCCUGUCUCCCCCCCUUCCCAGCGCCGCCUGCCCCGCCGCCUGCCAGUGCGAGUGAUAUCAGUGGGCAGGCACCGCUCUCAGGGCACACAGCUGCUAGUCAAGGACUGCGCGGAAAAGAUUUCCCGAUACUGCCCGUUUGAGGACCUGUCCGUGCGCUCAAACCCCAAAGGGACCAGUGACGUGCGCGUGCAGGUGGAGGCGGAGGGCGAGAAGGUUCUCAAGGCACUACACCGCGAUGACUGGGUGGUGCUGCUGGACGAGCGCGGCCGCACGGUGACGUCAGAGCAGCUGGCGCAGCUCAUUGCUGACUGCGCUGAUGCGUCGCACCGCUCGCUGACAUUCGUGGUGGGGGGUCCUUACGGCCACGGGUCACAGGUGAAAGCUCGGGCCAACAGCAGCAUUCGCCUGUCCUCGCUGGUGCUCAACCACGAGGUGGCACUCGUGGUGCUGGCAGAGCAGCUGUACCGGGCGUGGACCAUUCUCAAGGGCGAGAAGUACCACCACUGA